AUGGCUAAAGGAGGGGGAGGCGCUGGAUCAGCCACUGAGGGAUGGGGGGAGUACCUCAAGUACAGCUUCGGUUCCGACUUUGUCGUACACAAUGCAGCCAUCGGCGGAAGAAGCGCCAGGUCAUUUACUCGCGAGGGCCGCUUUACCGAAGUAGCCAAUGUGGUGAAACCAGGCGAUUGGGUUGUCAUUGAGUUCGGUCACAAUGAUGGUGGUAGUCUAAGCAGUGACAAUGGACGAACCGACUGUCCUGGAGAUGGCGCUCAAACAUGCCAAACCACGUAUAAUGGUGUUAAGGAAACUGUCCUGACAUACCCUGCAUACUAUAAAAAUGCCGCGAAACUCUUCCUCGACAAGGGAGCCAAGGUCAUUCUGAACUCACCCACCCCGAAUAACGUGUGCGAAAGUGGAAAAUGUGUUACUGACACAUCGCGAUUUGACUAUUACGCAUGGCACGCGGCUGCUGAGCUCAAUAGUCCGGAUGUGUACCACGUACCGCAUAAACAAUAUGCAGUUCAAGCCAUGAUCAACUUAGGUGCCACAACCGUCAAUGCCAACUACCCGAAGGAUCAUACACACACUGGACCUUAUAUGGCCGACGUUAUGGCUGGAAGCUUCGUAUUGGGUCUUAAGUGUGGAACUACUGUUUUGGGCGCAGCUGCGAAGAACUCGACAGAGUCUUUGACGAAAACAUUCUAUGGUGCUUGUAUACCGCAGAAUAGUACCGUUCCUAUUUAG